CCGCACGGGCUCUCUAAACCCAAACCCACGGGAGACCGCUUCAAAGCUGGGGGUUAAAUGGUCUCCGGGUUGCGAGCACCGGGUUUUCAACCAGACACUCGGCUGGAGAGCGGAGAGGCGGCUGUGAAAGAUGUUCCUCAUUCUUCUGAGUGGCAAAGAGGGAUUUCCGUGUCCCCAAGCCCUCCAGUCACUGACCUGACCGUUGAUGUGCUGGAAGCUUAUCAAGAAGGAACAAACACGCCUCCAGAUUCUCUUGAUAGUAAACUGCAAGUGAACUUCAACUCCAAGACAUGUGAAAACAGCCAAGCGCGGGAAUGAUGGUUGAGUGGUUUCAAGUUAGGCAGCCCAGUAGUUUGGAUUGAACAGUACUUCGACUGCAACAAAUUGUAGUGAUAGAGCAUAUGUUUGUCGUGCUUUGCUUUUGAUCUUCUGCUCCAACGUUGAGGAUACUCUCCCAACGGGGAAAGAAAAAAGGAAUGAGAACAGGGUAGAAGAAAACUGACUUCACCCAUCACUGAAAUAUUUCGUACCUGAAGCACAACCACCUUGAGAGAAGAACAUGGUGAUGCGUCUUCACAGUCACCUGAUUAAGGGGCUUGGAUUUGUUCCUGACUCAGAGGGAAACGCCACCACCAAGAAGCCCCCCCACAACACCUGCCCACUCACAGCCGAGCCCGGGCUCGGCCCCAGUGGACAUAUGAGGAAAGAGGACUGCCAGAGCCACCAAGAGGGCGGGAGGCUGGCUGUUGCCAGGUCCACCCGUGUGGAUCACAAUGGCUGCGUGAGGUCAUGGAAUGUUGAAGAGAUGAACCUGAAACCGAGCCAGCAGCACGGAACAGUGACGAGACCUUCUACUGUGAGGCUGAGGCCUCUGUGGCUGUACAAAAAGAGAAGCCAGGCGGGGAGAGCUCAGAAACAGACCUGGAGAUCGAAGUCCAACACGAGUGUUGUCACCCUGGAGCUGGCAGACAACUGUAUCAUGGAGGAGGGCACCUUGAGCCUGGUGCAGAUGCUGCAAGAGAACUACUACCUGCAAGACUUGAAUAUUUCCAACAAUGAUCUUGGCUUGAAGGGGGCCAGCACCAUCUCAGAAUUUCUUCAGAGAAAUACCUCUUCGCUCUUGAACCUCCAGCUUUCAGGAAAUAACUUCAAGGACGAAUCCGCAGAGCUGUUCUGCCAAGCCUUCUCGGCCAAUUACCGAAUUAAGACACUGGAUCUCAGCCACAACGAGUUCUCUGAUAAGGGAGGAGAACACCUGGGGCAGAUGCUGGCCCUCAAUAUAGGACUCCAGUCACUGGAUCUGAGCUGGAAUCAGUUCCACACACAGGGAGCUGUGGCCUUGUGCAAUGGUCUCCGGGCUAAUGUAACCCUGCAGAAACUGGAUCUCUCUAUGAACGGCUUUGGGAACGAGGGGGCUACGGCCCUGGGAGAGGUCCUCAGGCUCAACAACUCCCUGGUCUACAUAGACGUCAGCAGCAAUGACAUCAGCAACGAAGGAGUCAUCAAAAUCAGCAAAGGACUGGAGUUCAAUGAGAGCCUCAAAGUUCUGAAGCUUUUCCUGAACCCUGUGAGUAUGGAUGGGGCUACGUUACUUAUCCUGUCCAUCAAGAGGAACCCCAAAUCCAAGAUGGAGGAGAUUGACAUUUCUAAUGUGCUGGUGUCUGAGCAGUUCGUAAAAAUAUUGGAUGGGGUGUGUGCCAUCCACCCCCAGCUGGACGUGACGUACAAGGCAGUGCAAGGCUUCUCUGCCAAGAAAGAGCUGCUCUUGUGGACAAACCCCAUGAAACUGAUCCAGAGCUAUGCAGACCAGCACCAAAUCACGGUCAUAGACUUCUUCAAGAGCUUGAACCCUAAUGGAAGAAUGAUGAUGUCUGUGGGUGACUUCCGGAAAGCUAUGAUACAGCAGGACAAGGUCCCUAUGAACCUGUACCAAGUGAGGGAGCUGAUAAAGAAGCUGGCUGAGAAGACAGGCAUGGUGAACUUCAGCUGCUGGUGUCUGGGUGGAACCCUGAGGAUUAUGGAGCCAGGGGGUAUCAAAAAUUGUGGACUAUGUUAUGGAUCAAUAAAAACAGCAAAGUUUUCUCCAGAUGCUUUUAAUGCAUCUCUUGCAUAAAAAUGAAAGGCAGCAAUUUUCUGAUCAAAUGUUAUGUUUUGUUUGGGUAGCUUUGGGGAAAUUAUGGAGAUAUAGGGAAGCUAAAAUCCACCCCCUCGCCCCCAAUCCUCCAGGCCAACCCUCAACAUUACCAAUCCCAAGAAAGUGAAGGAGGACAGAGUCAAAACCUGCCUGCAACAGUCUGGGAACCUUCCCAAAGUUGGAGUAAUUCCGACUAGUGGCCACUAGGUGUCAGGUCAGCUUCAAAUUCCUGGUGAACACGCUGCUUCCAGAUCCUUACAGAACGCUUUGCAGCCUUUGUACUUUCUGUGAUCUCCCAAACUUCUGCCCACCACCCCCCAAAAGCCCGACACAUGAAAUCUGAGCCCCGGAGUGUCCAGCAGCCUGACACUUGGGCAAACCUCUCCAACGCUCGAUGUCCUCGUUGUGAAUUGCGGUUUCUAACAGAGAACUUUGCACUAGUGCUGUGAGGCAGAAAAUCAGGGGUGGGAGGGUAAAAACUCCGUAAAUAUUCAGUCCCCUCCCCCAGUCAGUCCACCCUGGAGCCCGGCAAAACCACAAGAGGAGACAGUGUUUCAUUUGGAUAGGACUGCACGAGGAACUCAUCCUCUGACUAUCAACUUGCCCAGUCUGGAGGCUGGUGGGCGGGAGCUGCAAGCCCAAGGUGGAGGUAGAGGAAUCUUGCAAAGUAGGAGAGGCCAGGGGGUCAAAAUGACCCAGAGGCAUUGGACUACGUGCCCAGCACUGAAGGAGGUCAGGCUGCAAGCGAGGGAAUCGGCACCUGGCUGUGCCCCUCCUAACCUGCCCUAACUCGGUGAGCGUCAUGUGGUAGCUUUUUGUUCCUCACAGAAACCUGGUGCAGGAAGAGUUUAUUAUCCUAUUUUACAGUUGGGGAAACGGAUGCAUGGAGAAGUUAAGCAUGUCACUCAAGCUUUCUUGCUAGUAAGUGGGGAGGCGGAGAUUCAGGCCCUAACAAUAUAGCUCUGGCUCCCUGGGGUCUUAACCACUGUGCUUCCCUUCCGCCUGGGGCUUCUGUGCAGCAGCUCCGCAUCCAGACCGGGGAGUUUAAAUGUACUUACUCUGUCUACACUGUGUCUACAACAGAGGAACAACUAGAUUGAUAAGCAAGCUGGAGCUGCAGGCCAGGAGGGAGGCAAAGGCAGAAGAUACUGUUCUAGUGUGGCUGAUUGCUGAAGGUCAGGUUGACAGGCCGUCCCUGCUCCCAGUAUUGGUCAGAAAUUGUGCCAGGGGAGGUAGGAUGGGAGGACAGAAGGAAGCACAUGGAAAGCUCUGUGCACCCGCGUCUUAAAGCAGUUAAGCGUACGGGGUUCUGGCACCGGACAUUUUGAGGUUUGAAUUGCGCCUGGCUUUCCCACUUAGCAGCUCUGUGACUUUGAGCCAGUCACUCAACCUUUCUGAAUCUCAGUUUCCUCACCAGUCAAUGUCAAUAGAAAUGAUAAUGGUCUCCCCUCCCCCACAAUUUAAUGAGAUUGUGCUGGUGAAACCCAAGGCCUAGCAUACAAUAAGUGCUUCCUAUAAGGAUGACCUCAUCACAGUGGCUUUCCUUUCCGAGAGGUGGGGGGAGGGGAGGCCUAGGUCCUGCAGGGCACGAGAGGGGCCACACCAAGCAGCCAUCUUUGAAAUAUCUAAGUACUGGGCCUUUGAAACAUCGUGGGAAGCAUUCUCAUCUCAGGGUUUGGUUUAAGGCUUGCAUCAAAUCAAAAGAAUUCGUCCAGAAUCUUAGGAAUUAGAGGGAGGAGGGCGGACCAGGGACUAGCAGCGCCAUGUGGACAACGCAGGGGACACGGUAAAGAGCUGGCAUUUCUCUUGGCUGCUGAGGUCCGAACCCCUCUUCCUGGGCUGGGAAUGCCUCACCUCGGGGGAGGGGUGGCUGUGACUUGCAUCUGGGACCUAGGAUCACACCUCCACCAGACGCUCAGAACGAGAAUCCAGAGCUAGCAUCCCCAAAAACCAAAGGCCACAGUGAAUUCUCUCUAACAGCUGCAACACGGCAGCUGGAUGCGUGGCCUCAGAUUGGUGGAGAGACUGAUGCGGGAAACACAGGCAAAUGAAAACUUAAAUUCCCUUACGACCUACAGCCCAUCAACAAGUCCUUGACACAGGCAGAGUGACAUUCGCCAGGAACUCUGCUGCCUCAAUGCGAUACUUUGCUAAAGGCAAAAGGCAAUCUUAGCCUACUUCCCAGAAUCCUCUAAGUCUACUUUAACAUAUAAAAAUUCCUUUAGAAACUUCCUUUAUCUCUACCCCCCCCCCCAAUUAUAUGUUAACCAUCAUCCUCCAAGCAUAUGGCCCACUGACAGACAUCUGAAGGGCCUCAUGACUGUUUACUAAACAGUAAUAACUGACCUUUUCCUAACAGCAGCUAGCCCCCUCAAAGUCCUGGAAACCUUGCUUCCAAAAUACCUUGGAGAAUUACUCUAUCCCUAACCUCCUCCCAACCUGAAGGAAUAUAUUCAGUCACCCGUCACAACCCCAGCACAGUUCUUUCUGCCCACGGGUCCUGUCCCCGUGCUUUAAUAAAACCACCUUUUUGCACCAAA